ACCGAGUCGCGAGCACGCGUCAUGGACGACAAGAAACAAUAAAUCGACAAUGUCCAUCCGAAGGUUGUUGAUCGCCGUGCGGUCCGCGCGCGAAGCCCUGACCAGAACCGCCCCGAUGGCGGACGGACUUAUCAAAUCUUUGUUAUCAUUAAUGGUGAUUUUCUGCAUCGCAUUGUCGUCACCACCCUCGGCUAGUGCGAAGCCUUUUGCGUUUAGUUUCCCCGCGGGGUGGUCGUUAGCUGGGUUGGUCGGUGGAGCGGUGGCGAGGUCUGAUGAUGAGAGGAGAGAACCAGCGGCAGGUGUCAAGCCGUACACGGGCAGGAGAGUGGGGAAUGACACACUGAGGAUGGUGUACUAUCACGACCAGACAGUGGCGGUGGUGGAGCUGGGUCCUGGGAAGUUACUUCUCAACUGCGAACUCAUCGAGACUUAUGAUGAGGAAGACACCAGCCGCCUUCUCCGCCAGCUCAGCAGGAUCAACAGACCUUACGGAGUCACGUUCGGCCAGAUGAUCAAGCUGAUGUCCCAGUGUCAGCAGGUAACGCCACGGCUUCGGCACCAGGUUGAAGGCAUAGAGACUGACGACAGCCACCGGCGCGCUGACGGCGAGGGCGCAGACCCCACGUGGAAGCCCGAGGGCGGGGGCGAGGGCGCGGCGCGGGCGCGCGCCCGGCUCGACGCGGGUGGCGCACACGCAGGUCUUCUGGGAGGCAGCCCGCUUACUUUGCUGCAGGGGAUCAUACCUGGUACGAAAUGGUGCGGGACGGGAGACAUAGCAGCCGACUACCACGACCUCGGCGCUGAUCGCCGACUAGACCGGUGUUGUCGGACCCACGACCUUUGCCCCACCAAGGUGCGUGCGUUCUCCCAACGGUACAACUUGACCAACAACUCGUUAUACAGCAAGUCCCAUUGCACCUGCGACGACAUGCUCUUCGACUGCCUGAAGAGCACCAACACGUCGGCCUCCCACCUCAUGGGCCACAUCUACUUCAACCUGGUCCAAGUACCCUGUCUCGAAGACCUGCCCGACGGCAGAAAAUUCAGAGACGCGAAACAAGGCUUCUAGCGACAUCUAGCGGCGAAUAGCUCAAUUACGAUCAGCGCCAUCUAGUGCACAGAUUUGUUGAUAUUUUUGCAUUUAAAUUCACUUUUUAUCUUGUAAAUAAUAUUCUAUUAUGUGUAUUUAGUAUUCUUAAAAAUUUAACUAUCGUUAGACAUUAAACUGUGAUAUGUCUGUGCCUUAUGUGUUAGACGAUGGCGCUAUAAAAAUGUUUGACAAAUAUUGUGUGUUAUUUUUAAGAGAUUAAUUUAUUUGUUGCAAUAACUCGUCAUUUUAUGACAAAAUAAUUUCACUAAUUUGUUUUAAUUACUAAAUAUUUCACGGUAAAAGACAAAGAGUUUUGUAAUAACUUAGAU